CUCUAGACGAGACUUGCACCCAAGACGGACAUUGAUGCAAAGAGUCUCAACGCAAACACCAACUAGAUAUCCACACAGGCGCUCAUAUUAUAUCCCCAAAGGAAAAUGCCCCGCUCGGACGAGGCCGCCGCCUUCUUCCACGCCGUCUACAGCGCGGUGCAGGAGAUACCGCCCGGCAAGGUGACGACGUACGGUCGUAUCGCCGAGCUCGUCGGAUUUCCACAACGACCGCGCCAGGUCGGCGUGUGCCUCAAGCACCUGCCAGAAGACCCCGAAGCACGCUUCAACCACGACAAUGUCCCCUGGCAGCGGGUUAUCAAUGCAAAGGGAAUAAUUUCACCGAGGUCCCAACCGUCGGGCGCGCGGACCCAAGCUGAGGCGUUGAGGGCCGAAGGCGUGGAGGUGUCGACUAGUGCCAUGGGCGAGUUGAUGGUGGACUUUAACGAAUACGGCUGGUUCCCGGACGAGCUGCCGUCGGAGCAAGAAACGUGACGCGUGGGUGGGGUGGUACAACAAGGAGGGCGCGCAGCAAAGAAUCUUGGACCAAGGAAAUGACGUCAGGACGAGAUGUUGACUAGAUACCACGCGUACACUCUGGUCGAAUCUUUGCACAUUAUAUCGUCAGCACAGAAUUGUGACCCUUUUCGCCGUCGGUGG